AAUGGGUUUUGACGGGCCACGCGGUGGCGGCGGAGCUCGCCUACCACCCGCAAGUGGGUAUCAGCAGUCUGUGCCACCACACAAUUCUUCAUUGCAGCUGAAUGGCUAUGGCCCUUCACACACGGGGUAUCAACCAUACGAGGCUCCGGCGGCGGAUCCUUACGCGCAACCUUCGUACAACACGCCUAGUUCAUAUCAAGAUAACAACUACUCGGCGCCUGCGCCCGCACAAACCAACUCUGGUUACAAUUCUGGUGGUUAUGGCUCUAAUUACGGAUAUUCUACUGGUGGCCAAGGGAAUUACGAAAAUGACGGUUACAGUGGCGGGCCGGGCGGGCCGGGGGGCCCGGGCGGCGCGGGGGACGCGGGCUACGGCGCCGUGGAGCCCGCGUACGGCGGCGCGGCGCCCGCCUAUGACUCCUACUCACAGCCCUCCUACAACUCGUACCAGCAGCCGCAGCAGCCCUACAACAACUAUGGCGGUUGGUGAUCUGUUUGAAUAUAACAGAAUAAAAAUUACAAGUUUAUGCCACAAAGUCAGUUAAAAUAUCUGGAUGAAUGUUUUGAAGCUAAUGGAUGUACAACUAUGACACAAUUUCGGCCAUUACAUGUUAGGAAUAUUUUGAAUAAAUGACAAUAUGAGACAAAACUUGGAAUAUUUAAAAGUGACAUUUAUUAUGUGAAAUAUUACGCUAAUUUAACCAAUAUAUAUUAAGUAAUAUUAAGCAAUGGACUUUAUAUCAAAGUGAGAUAUGAUUAUUUCUCAAAUUUUAGUGAUUAUAGUAGUAAUAAUUAUAUAAAUCAGCGGAAAUGACUAACGUGUCACUAGAAUUACAAUAAAGUAUUGUAACUUUUUAUCUUUACAUUCACACAUUCGUAAUUAUAUGUUUUAGAUAAUAAGGAAUUAAUAAGGAAUAAAAAUAUGAAAUGGUA